UCUGAACGUCCACUCGAAAACAAUGCUGUCGAAAUGAACAUUUGCGCUUGUGAAAGAGAGAAACCUAAAGUAGUCAGUGAUAAUAAGUGAUUAGUAAGUGCGCAAGCCGUUUCCGCGCGUCGAGUCGUACAGGAAGCUGUGUAGGUGGAGAGAGUAGCGCGGCUCGGCCAGAACUGCGGCAUUACGCGCACUAUGCAUGUACGGGCGAUACUGGCGGUUGGGACAGAGAAAUCGUGGCCAUGCUUAGUUAACUCGACACGGCCGCUCCAGGACUAGAUCACGGGAAUAGUUGUAACUCCAAUUUAUGCGUCCUCAACAAGACUAACGCUAUACAAUAGGCCUACAGACCACCAGCAACUUCGGGACCACUGAGAGGGAAAGCAACAGAAGGACGGCAGACAAGUGUUACGAGUGCCCUUAUUAGGAUACCAUCAUCGUGUGAGGAAUUUUCUCGGAGUGGGCACGUCCUCAAUACAGCCAGUCUUUGGCCAGCAGGGGAAAAAAGUAAACGUUGUCAGGAAUUGCACGAUUUGUGUAUGAAGUUUGGCGCUUAAGCGGCUCGUGGUCGAAGUUCCAAUAUCAGCACUUAUAGUACACAGCGUAACAGUGUCCAAUCUAGCCGCCCUGCUCUGUGAUAGUGUCGUGCCGAGUUACAUCGCAGAAGAUACAGGCUUUUAGAGACAGGAAUCUGAAUUGUGCUGCGUAAUUGUACAGUGACAGUGCCCUGCAGGUGAUAGUGCCCAGUGCUCGUGCCCGGCCGACUGUGUGCGGCUGACUAUAGAAGAUGGACCUAAGACACGUGAUUGUUGUCACAUACAAACUCUUCCUCAUCCUGCUCUUCUGUUCCCACUCUCUGGCCAUCCACUCAUGGGAGAGACCCGGAUGUCAUAUCUUAGCACACACCAGAACAGUGGAAGUGGAUGGAUGUUUAGCAUUUAAUGUUACUACAAACGCUUGUAGAGGAUUUUGCGAGUCGAAUGCUAUUCCUUCCCCAGAACGUACUCUCAGAGCCAAUCACUACCACAUAAUCACUUCCAGAGCAGAGUGCUGCAGUAUAGUGGACACACAUGAUGUGAAAUAUACAGUUCUUUGUGUGGACGGACGGAGAGAGUUUGUGUUCAAGUCAGCCAAAACCUGUGCCUGUUCGAUAUGUCGGCGGGGCUGAGGGGGGUGGAGGGAGAGGCGCUACCCCCGGGAAACACUGCUGCCAGCUGACCCCCCUCAGCCACACGCCGACAGAUUCCCACCUCACAACGCCUCAACUUUCGUGCGUCUCGUGAACCAGCAAUAGUACCAGCUUUACGUCAAUCUCAGAUAACCCUGUAACUAGACCAAGGACAUGCAGGUGGACAGUAUGGAAUAUCCUGAACAAUUCUACUCAGCAAAGGAUGAUGGAGCGACUCUCUGUUAUCUGGAUCUCUAACUACUGUAUCUGAAUCUGAAUCUGCAAUAUUUAAUGCAACGCUGCUGUUUAACCAAUGACAGCAACUAUAUCACUUAAAAGUUGCCGCAUUUUCAACCA